AGCGCUGGAACCGUCUUGUCCCCGGAAAACCCCAGCCCACCCCCACGUCUCCCGCCUUUAGCCUUGCGCGCCCUGCCCCGCUCGGGCUCUGGCUGCUGCCUGCGCCCGCCCCUUCGCCCACAGCCCCCGCGCCGCCGGCUCUGCCUCCUGCCCCAGGGCCGGGCCGCCCAUCCGCCCCGCCCCGCCCUGCCCUCGGCGGGACUGACCAGCCCCGGAGCCAGCCGCGAGGAGGAAGGAGCCGCCGCCGCCGCUCGAGCGCGGAGCGGGGCGCGAUGUCUCACGGGGCCCGGGUGAUCCGGACGGGCUCCAGCAGCGCGGGCCCCGGCAGCUCCUCCUGCCCGCCGCCCCCGGGGCCGGAGCCCGGGCUGCUGGACGGCGGCUACGCCCGCUCCUGCUCGGCCAUGCUGAAGGUCGCCCAGAUGAUAUCAUUGCUAAUUGGAUUCAUCUGUGUAAAGAAUUCACCAUGGACAAAUUACAGUGCAUCCAUCUACUUUGAAAUUGUCACCAUGUGUGACUUGAUUAUGAUUCUUGUCUUUUAUUUUGUCUACCUUUUCAGAGCGUACAGAAUGCUCACCUGUAUUAGUUGGCCACUUGCGGAACUUCUCCAUUAUUUAAUUGGUACGCUCCUGCUUCUCGUUGCCUCUAUUGUGACAACGUCUAAGACCUAUAAUUCAGCAGGACUCGUAGCUGGAGCGACGUUUGGUUUCUUAGCUACAUUCCUUUGCGCUUUGAGCAUAUGGUUAUCCUACAAGAUCUCAUGUAUUACUCAGUCAACAGAUGCAGCUGUAUGACUGUUUGGCCACUGCAAGAUGUUUGUGCGUUUCUAAAAGCGAUAUCAAAGAAGAGGGUCCACCAUGUGCCAUGAGGAGAGAGUUGACAUUUGUGUGAUUGGAUUAUAUUCAGUAGAUUUGAAGAUUUACUUGAACAUCUUAUGCAAGGAGAGAAACAACCAAUGUUGGAACCAAAGAAUUUGGUGUCAAAACAGUUUGAUGGAGAAAUUGUUUUUUCUGAGCUUUAGAGAAGUGCUCUUUCUGUCUCAUGAGCUGGUCUGUGGCUCCCAGUUACGUGCAGUGAGAAUAUUCAAACCUCCUUUGGAGAGUUGUUUAAUUAGGAUUUGUAUAAUUUUAAAGAUGGAAAGAUUAAUUCUGAUUUCCUCUAUGCAUUUGCAGAAGGGAAAUUCUGCAAAUUCACCUCUGAUUAUUAGUCUUCAAGGAUAAUUCCUUUAACAAAGCAACUCUUGCACACCAGUCUGUGCCUGGGAAACCUGCCUUAAGUUCUCUUUUACUUUCUCUUUCAUUGUCAUUGAUAUUUUUACAUCUGUUUGGCCAGCAUCAGCAAAUACUUUUUCAGGAACUAUGUCGUGGACGACUCACUGUGAAUGCUCCCUUCUAACCGCAAAUGUAAACUGAGUUUUCUAGAUGCCAAAAUAAUUAAUUUUGUUCCUACAUUUUUAAUAUACGGUCAUUUAUAACCCCCCUGAAAACUUUUCUCUGUACUGUACAAUAGGUAUGGAAGAACAUAUGCUUAGUGGUGCACUAAGUCUGUUGCUUUCCUCCUCAUAUAUAUGUAUUUGCAUAUUUCCAGUCUCUCCGUUCCACAGAAAUAACCCAUGGAGAGGGAAACUCUGAGUUUCCCAGAAAUUAUUCUCUCGUGGGGGGGUGAGGGAGUGAGUGUGUGUGUGCCUGUGUGCAUUUCCCCUAGAGUAGAACCAUCUGGCUCCUCCUACUUAACCUACAAUCUGUAUGGAUACCCCUUACCUCUGCCCUGUUAGAGCUGUUCUUUCAGGGACACUGUCUAGUGUGGCCGUUCCUGGAUUCCUCCUAAAGUGGGGUUUCAGAGCAGGAAGAGGGAAACGGUGUCAGUUAAUGCAACCUAAUACUGCACUUACCUUUUUCUAUCCCCCUCUGCAGUUCUGGAGAUGAGCAAAUUCAGAGCUCCCCCGCCCUGCCCUUUUCCUAAUCUAUCUCCACAGAGCCACAAACUCCCAGAGCCCUUUUCAAGAAAAGGGGAAGUGUGGCAGAGCUCUCCUCUUCCUGAGUUUGUAAAUGAAAUUGUGACUGAUCUAAUUCUGAUAUUUGUAUUAGAAAAUUAUUCUAGUGUAAAUCUGGCUCAUGAAACAGCCAGGGGUAAAUGUGCCUUAAACGUUACAGAUUUUUAACAACAUCCCUCUCUGGCCUGCCUUUGUGCCUUACAGCUGGGUCUGGUAUUUGUUCUGUUCACUGCAGAUAGCAUUUCUUUUUUUAGAUUGUGUGAAUUUAGUGCUCAGGAAUAGUGCUUCUGCUCAAGAGAACAUAAUCCCCUAUUUAUCUACAGCCCCCAGGUAGGAAGGGCGCAUGCUUCCUUGCUGUGCCCUGCCAGUCCACCUCAGCCAUGACUGGGCAGGUCUGAGAGGAGUUCAUUCUCUGUGCCUGCUCUGCUGAAAAUGCCAACACCAGGGCUGAUGCUCUGUGUGAUGAUACUCGCUCCCUGACUAAGCCCCCCUGAGUAAUUUUACUUUUGGUGGCUGGUCACUGACCAUGAUUUGGAUUAGGGCCCCAGAGGUUUAAGGACAGAUUUCUUCCAGGCCCAGAAGAUGAGUAUGUAAUAGUAGUGAUAUACUACUUCUCUUCCCCUCCUGUGAAGGGAAUGCUCACUCAGUUACUGUGACAUUCCCCAGGCCCUCUCUCCCACCCAGCCACGUGGAAAUGGACUUCUGACACAGCAAAGCCAGCUACACACUGUCCUACGUCAUAGUAGCCAAGCAGAAUAGCCUGAAGGCAAGCAGCGAUUAGCCGAGAGUUCUAACAAGAAGCUGAGAUCUCUCAGAACAAAGCAGGUUCCCACAGUUCUCAGUCCAUUCAUCUUCCUAGACAGCUUUCCUCCAUACUGCAAUCAUGUCACUGAUCCCUGUGCUGCAUUGCCAUUGGUGACACCUCCCCCUGCCACAGGUUGAAAAAACCCCCAACUAGGAGUUCAAUGCACCCUAAAGGCCAUAGCAUUGCUGGAUAUCAUUCUGUGAUGGCUUGAAAUGUGUUUUCUGGAAAACUAAUGGAAACUCCCCCUUUGGCUUGCAUCUGUAUGCAGAACAAAAUGCUGUGAAUUUGCUGUAUAAUAUUGAAUACAAAUGUUUAAAAAUGAAUGAUACAUUUGUCUUGUAGAAGAUUAUGGCUUGAGAAUGAGCCUUUGUGGUUAGAGGAUGCCUAUGCAGUUUGUGACAGCUUAAUUCUCCUUUUAAUUGCUUUUAAAUUGUUCAGUUUUUCAUUGCACACCUUUCAAAUAGCGGUUGCAUGUGUUCUGUAAAAGCAGUUGAGAAACAUUCUUCAGAAAAGGGCUGAGAGGAGGAGUAGCAGAUUACUGUGUCAAACAUGCACCCUCGAAGAGCAAAUCACUAUGCGAGUGUAGUUAGCAUGCUGCCUCUGACAAAGAAGGCUAGGAGAAUUCCAGAGAUGAUACCAAACAAUGGCAGCUGAUGCAGAUACUGUGAGUGAAGGAUUUUCAGUGGGGUGCAGAAACACAUUGCUCACUACAGAAUUCCAACUUGAGCACAGGCAGGGCGUCUCAUUUAACUGUCACCUGUCAUAACUACGGUAAUGAAGAUGCUAACAAAUAUUGCCACUCAUCAAGUUGUUGCACAACUGAAGGAGCAACAAGAUAGAGCUGGAGAAGUGCUUCUUUUGAGCCUCUCUCGUCCAUUAUUUUCAUAUUUCACAUCCUCUUUCCUUCUGAGUAUACAUUCUGCUAAAGCCAAAGGAAAAUGUUAUGAAUCGUAACCUGAGCCUGAGGAAGGUGGCAUCAAUUUGCAGCUGAAUCACAUACCUUAAGAUGAAGUAUUUACUGCUCAGAUGUGUAGGUGCCAUAGCCCAUACAGGAGGAAAGAUGCAGCCUGGUCUAUUCAUACUUAAGGAGCUUCAGGCUUUAUGCGCUAUCAAGGUGAUAAUGCAACACUCAGCUGGGUACAGUGGGGGCAUCCUGCUCUAAGAUGUAUAUACCACCAUUUGAGGUGACAAUCAGGCUGCAUGGCUUAUACACACUGCUGUCGAUGUUCUGGUUAAAGCUUAGCACACUCUUUUGGUGCCUGUCGCCUGUUGUCCCUCUUAGGCAUAUCAGGGCACUGGGCUAUAUUUCCACUUAGAACUAUCAGGAACUCUCAUCAAGUGGAGGUCUCACCCUCAGGGUACUUUGCGUAGGUCCCACCUCAGAGCCUGUGUUGGUUCCCAGUGCUCUCAAGCUCAGUGGUGGCCAAUGGAGUGCAGGAGCCAGGGUCGGGAGGAGGAAGUGAAGGAAACUGCUCCACCCAAGAUCAAAGCAGACACCAACCGCUGGUAGGGCAUGACGCUCAGGCCAGUGCCUCCCCUUCUUGUGCAGCAGGGGUA